UUACAGUUAGACGCCUCCGAUUGUAAUACUUUCGUGCAUUUUAUACUCGGAAACUGUGUCAACGGUCUGCGCGUGUUCAGUUGAACGCAUCGCGGCGUCGCUUGUACUUCUACGGGGACGGUGUUUCUUCGGACGCGUUACGAUCUGACGUAAAUUUACAAUAUUAAUUGAAUAAAUUUUUUCUAUAAUUUUCUAAUCACGGAGGUGUUCGGACCUGCAAUAUUAGCGUACGCUUUUCUCGCCACCGUUUCCGCCGCAGGGAUCCGAGUGAGUGAAAUUUUAUCGGUUGUUACUAUACAUAUACGGCCGUACGAUCGUUGGAGGUAAAAAGUUUUUUUUUUAUUACGCAUCAUCCGGUCGAAGUGCAAUCGUUCGAUAUCGAUCUUCUUCGAGUUUGACAACCAUGGAGACGAGCAUACCGGGUUGGCUCGACGCAACUUACCUGCAGAACGUGUUGCGAAAUUAUGAAAAAGACGAUUCCGUCGAAGUUACGGAUAUAAUCGUAAGACCCGCAACCGCCAAAGGAGACCACUACGGGAGUGUGAUGUAUCGCGUGGCUUCGCAAUUGUCGCGCGUAAAAGAUGAGAGAAAAAUUAACGGGCAGAUGUCUCUCAUCGUUAAAAUCACCCUGAGUAUUUACGACGUCGAUCAUCCCGAAAUAAUAAUCGACGGCAUGCCGAAACCAUUUGUUACGGAGUUAUCGUUGCUGCACAGAGUCUUGCCAAAAAUGAACGAAAUCGUCGAGGAAUUUUACCCUGACGCGACUCCGAUGAGCCCGCGGUGUUUUCACGUUCAGUACGAAAACCCGAGUCACGCUAUAUUGGAAGAUCUGGCGACCUCUGGCUUCCGAAUGGCCGAUCGUCGAUCGGGAUUGGAUCUCGACCACUCUUUGCUGGCGAUGAGAAAUCUGGGUAGAUUUCACGCAAGUUCGAUCGCCCUCGCUGACAGGGAACCCGGUGUACUGUCGCCUUAUCGAAAGGGUGUUUUUCACAAGGAUCAAUGGAUGGUAUGCGAAUUGGUGACCUCGGGGAUGAAAUCCCUCGCGAUCGAGGCAGCGAAAUGGCCCGAAUUAUCUCCACGAGUCGCUGAAAAAAUCGACAACGUCUCCGAAGUGAUGUUUCGAAAGGCGUGUGAGGUUUGCGAAUACGACAGAGACGAAUUCAACGUCUUAAAUCACGGAGAUUUGUGGGUAAACAACAUGAUGUUCCGUUACGAUGAAAAUGAUAAGCCCGUCGAUCUAACCUUCCUGGAUUUUCAAGUGUCUCAUCUCGGCUCACCUGCCGAAGAUAUUAUCCACUUUUUUGGCACCAGUAUAUCCGAGGACGUCAGGAUUCACCAUACCGAUUUACUUUUGCGUGAUUAUCACCGCUCACUCGUCGGCACGAUGAAGCAACUGAAAUGCACUACGGAAUCGCCGAGCCUCGAAGAUCUCCAAGGGGCCCUGAAAAAACGUGAAAUUUGCGGCGCGGUGGUCGCCAUGACCAUGUUUCCGGUCGUAAUACUCGAAAAAGGGGUGGAAGUCGAUGUUUCGAACACUAUGGUUACAGACAAAAUUCGCAACAACCCAGCAUUUCGCGGCGAAUUGUACAGAAAAGUUAUGAACAGACUCCUGCCGAUAUACGAUCGCGACGGACUCCUCGAUUCGUAAGAUCGAUAGCAGAUACCUCGAAUUCAGAUAUUGUAAUCCGAUGGAACAAAAAAAAAUAUACGAAUGCACGCUG